AUGAAGCCCGUCCUCGACUCCAAGCCGCCGCCUGCUCCUGUUCCUGCUCUCAAGAAGAAGAAGAACAAGACCAAGAAGAAGAAGAAGCAAGAGCAACCAGCAGCUGCUCAACCGCAGCAGGAGCAGAAGCCGACGAUGACGGCGCCGCCCGUGGUGCCUGCUGCCACGGACGGCGACGUUGCUGGCAAGAAGGCGCCGCCGCUGUUGCUCGGCGACCUACAAGACAUCAGCAGCAGCAAGCCCGCGCCGCCAGAGCUCGCGGGGCGUCGCGUCGUGAAGGACAACCCGUUCCUCAUGCGCGACCGCGAGAGCAAGGGCGCCGGCGACGGCGACGGCACCACCGCGCCGCCGCGGUGGAAGAAGCGGGACCCCGCGCGCGGGAGGCGGUGGAGGCGUGCGCGGCGGCGGCGGGCGUGGCGGGCCGUGGACGAGCGCGACGUGUCGCUGCACGGGGAGUACCUCCGCGAGCUGCGGGAGCUGGCUGGCGAGGGCGCGCCGCCGCCACGGCUCUUCGUGAUGGGCCGAUACGUGGGCGGCGCCGAGGAGUGCGCCAGGCUGGCCGAGUCAGGGAAGCUGCGGGAGAUGAUGCGGUGGGCCAAGGCCCGUGGCGAGGCGUGCGCGGCCAAGGACGGCCGCGGCUGCGAGGGCUGUGGCGGCGCACGGUUCGUGCCGUGCUGGGAGUGCGGCGGCAGCUGCAAGGUGGUGGUCGCGGCGGACGGAGGGGCGGCCACGGCGACGGAGAGGUGCGGCAAGUGCAACGAGAACGGGCUCAUGAUGUGCCCCAUCUGCCACUGA